AUGGAGCAGCAAAGGAGUUUCGAGGAUGUCGCUUUUGAAUUGUUCAAAAAUCUUUGCCCUGAGAGAAAUUUCAAACGAGAUGAGAUACCGUAUCAGACAGUUAGAGAAAUAGUCGAAAAGCAUCUCAACAGCAUGGAUUCAGAAAAAAGACAGCUUCUGGAGGCUCAUAUAAGAGGUGAAACUGAACAAGGGCCAAGUGAAACCAAUUCAAAAGUUGAUAGUCGAGGGCCAUCUCCGAGCAAACCAAAGUCAGUAUCGGAAUAUCGAAAUCUUCUUGUUGCGGAUAGGCAUCAUUUGCUUCCUAAAUUGGAAGAUUUCAAUGAAGCUCAAAAAAUUCAUCUUAGAUAUCCGAAGAAUGUAAGGAAAUUUGUGCGGGCACGUACAGAACGUAGGCUAGCUGCAGAAUCGAAUGAUUACGUGAAUAUAGUUUGUGAUGAAAAGAAACUGCCAGAAGUCUUUCUACCUAUCUACGACCAGAUUUUGCGGAGGCGAAAAAAGUCGUUGCAGUGUUAUUAUAUGAUUAUUAAUACUUUGCACCACUAUUUUAUGCGUAUAACUUGGUCGGAUCUUGUGUGGGAUUUGGUAAAUGAAUUUAUUGAAAAACACAUCAUACUUACUUGUGACGGUUUAACAACGAAAUAUGAUCGUGAAGAAAGAGCAGCGGAUAUCUUCGAACGUCUUCGUGAGUAUGAAUUAAUGGUACUUCUCGAACUUCAUUUGAUCAAAAAACAUCCAGAACGGAUCGAGGAAACUGAAGUUGUAAACAAGUUGGGUUUUCUGGUGUUUGUUGCUGACUCAGUCUACAUGAAAAAUUUCCUUGAUGAAAUUGUUUGUGAUCAAUUUGCUCAUAUAAUGCCCAAAGCAAUAGUUUACAUUUACGAAGAAUUAUGUAUAAAAUUGCCGCUUGAUCUAGAAGAUCAAUCAGUUGAUACAGGUGCAAGCAGAAUACUUGAAACUCGUGAAGUGGGAAGGAGGAGUAGUCGAAAAACGGGUCGAGGAAGUGCAGCAAUGCUCGCAUUGGAGAGAAAAGCUGCUGCUAGGAAAGCUGAAAAAGAAGGGAAACACAGAAAACGUAAAAGUGAUGAGUCACCUGAAUCAGGAUCCGGGAAGCUGAAAGUGGGACUUCGUGCACGUGUAAAGCAGGCAGAACGAAUCUCAAAGCGAAUCGCUGCUCGUGAAAAAUGCAAAAGACCUGGUUUGCGUUCACAAAUUUUUUUUAAUUUUUAA